AUGACCUCAUCUGCUGAGGAGGAGAUUUUUGAGACCAAUGAAGAAAUAUCCGCUGAUGCCCAAGAUGGUGAUGUAGAAACAACUCCUGCAUUAAUUACUGAAGCACACAGCACUACUGCGAGCAAGGAUCCAAAUCCUGCCUCUGAAAUUCAAUCAAACGACCCCAAUGGUGGGACUUCAGCUACUCCUACUGAGUUGCACAACACAGGGCAUGGCAGCAAGGAUCAUGGCAAGGAUACUUCAGGUCAUGCGGCAUCAAGUCAUAUGCACCUGAUCGCAAUGACAGUGAAGAGAGCUCUCCAUCUGACAGGUUCCCCUGCAAGCAACCCAUCAUCUCCAUCUCGGUUGAUGGCCACACAAAAGCAAAAGUUCAAGGUAAUGGCGGAUGUCAAUGAAAAUAAUGACAGCGAAGACGAGGACGACAAAGAAGACUUUGUGAAGACCAAAGGGAGAAUUCCUCAAGCAGGUAUCUCGAAGGUGCAGAAGCUUAGGAAGAAUACAUUGGAAGCUGCCAGAGCACUCAGAAAAGAAUAUGGGAAGAGUGCGAGGACGAUCCUCAUCGAAGCUGGGUUGACGAUGAAGGCCACCCGGAAGGAGUCUCCAUGGAACCAACAUCAGACGUGGUUCACAGCUACCUGCCCCCCGUCUGAAGGAGGAUCAGGAGCUGUGUCACCAGAUUUAAAGGCUUGGAAGAAGAAGAUCCUGGAGAACUGGGAUCAUGCUGUCGCAGGUUCAACCAAGGACCUUACAUCACGAUCUGCUGCAGGUCUGAUGAUGGCUGUUUGUGAUGCUUUCACAAAAACGAGACUAACUACAAUCAAGGCUGCAUACUGGCAUCGCACCCAUGGCAUUCACAUUGCUGGUGUUGCAAUAUUCCCUGGUGACAAAGAGGCAGGCUGCCAAGCAUCAGGACUGUUCGCUGGCUCCGACAUGGUCAAGGCCCUCAUCAACUCACACCAACUGGAUAUCAAGUACAAAGACUUGGAGGCCGCACAUGCCAAAGGGAAGACUUUCAGUUUGCUCCCCCCUUCUUCCACCACUUCAAAUGGUACCCUCUUGUACAACGGCAAGCCAGCCAGGGAUAGGAACAGAAAGCUGAGGCCAGCCACCCGCUGUCAUGCAUGCAGGAGUAAUAAGGAAGGCAUAUUUAACCAUCAGACUUCCUCUCCAGUCACAAAGCAUGUUUUAAGAAGGCUGAUUCAGCUCACUCAAAAGAUUGGUUUGUAA